GGACCAACUUGGAACCCUGUACAACUUACUGGUCCCUGCAGGAGAACGUUUUAGCCAUCUCUGGCAGCCUCUCGCCUGGCUUAUCGAAGAGCCCGAGAUGCCAGCACCCUGUUCUUCAUGUCUGUACCGCGUUCUAGGCUGCCUUGAGUCGCGUCUAUCCCCAUCGAAAUGGAGCUCUGGGCGGCGGUGAGUCGUCUCCACGGUCCGCCGACUAACAACCAGACAUGGCCCCCAACGCCCACACAACCGCUCUCGCACGAUUGCACGUCUUCCAAUCCGGGCUAGCUCCUCACUCUACUUGAUCCUGUCGUGGUACCGUGCCACAUCGCCGGGCGUAAGCACCCCGGAUUCAGUCUGUAUAACUUUCAGCGUCCCUCCUCGCUAUUUCGCUCGUCAAUUCUCCCCCACCUCUGGCCUCCACACUUACCCGGCCUCUCAAAAUGGCCUUCCUUCUCAACCUCUUCAAGAGCACACCGACCGCGCCGGAACGUGUUCCGACCGACACCGUGAUACCGCUUCAUGCUCUAGAUGACACACAGGUAAACAGGUCAAUGGCGAUUGACUUCUCCAUGCGCUUUGAUGACGCGCUGGAUGUGGAUAAGCUUGUUGGGGCUUUGGAGAAGCUGCUAGAUAGGCCCGGGUGGAAGAAACUGGGCGCGAGGGUGAGGUUGAAUAGCGAAGGCAAGCUCGAAUACCACAUCCCAGCGCAGUUCACGAAAGACCGACCCGCCGUAAACGUUACCCACGUCAAGCACGAUAUGCCCAUCUCGCAACACCCGCUCGCCUCCCAGAUCCCACGCCCCACAGGGACCAUUCAAACACUCCUCGACGUUCGCAAAUUCCGCCCCCUCUUCGUCUCCGAGCAUAGCCCGACCGAACUUAAACACUGGAUAUACACAGAGCAUGCGCAGCUCCAUCUACACAUCGUGUCCUUCGCAGAUGCUACGCUCGUCACGUUGACAUGGCUGCACACACUGCUCGACGGAAUGGGCCGGAACAUGCUGCUCCGGUGCUGGACAGCCAUGCUCGAGGGCCGCGAGCAAGACAUACCGGAGUUCUACGGCUACGACUUCGACCCGCUGGCACGCCUUGGGGCGCUGACGGACUCCAAGCUCAAGGAAGACGCGGACGUGGAAGAGGAGGAAUACAUAUUGAAAGAAAAGACGGUCUCAGGCUGGAAAAUGUUCCGGUUCGUGCUGGGCUACAUGUGGGAGCUGCUCGUCUACCGCAAAGAACAAAUAGGUGUCGUCGUCCUCCCGUCCUCUAUGUUCAAAAGAAUUCGCGCCGAAGCGCUAUACGACCUCUCCUCCAUGCACCCCGCCACCAUCGUGAUGGAUACCUCCGACCCCAGCAACCCCAAGCCCUUCCUCUCCGACGGCGACAUCCUCUGCGCCUGGUGGACGCGCCUCAUCAUCUCGUCCCAGCCCUGGCUGGCGUCCGCCAAACCCACCAAAACAAUCCAAAUCAUGAACGUCUUCGGCAUGCGCAACCUGCUCACGGACACGCAGCCGCAGCUCCUGCCCAAGGGCGUCGCGUACAUCAGCAACUGCGUCACAGCCAUAUGCUCCUUCUUCAGCCUCUCCGAAUUCCUGUCCCUCCCGCUCGGCCGCGUCGCCGCCCGCAUCCGCGCCGACCUCGUCCAACAGUCCACGCGCCCACAAGUCGAAGCCAACAUGAGGCUCACCAAAGCUGGCUAUGCGAAAUCGGGACAUGCGCCAUUGUACGGCGACGCGGACAUGGUGUUCUCAGCUUUCUCUAAUUGGACAAAGGGGAAGAUGUUUGAGACGGAUUUCAGGGCUGCGGUGAUCAAGGAGGCGGACGUGGAGCAUAGCGUCGGCAGGCCGAGUUAUAUCCAGGCGGACGGGACGGCGAAGGGGUUUAGCGUGAGGAAUAGUGGGCCGUGCAUAGGGAAGGACUGGAAGGGGGAUUGGUGGGUCGGGGCUAGUUUAAGGCCUGAGGCGUGGAGGAAUCUGGCGAGGGCGGUGGAGGGGAUGAAGUAAGGCGGCACGGAAUAGAGAGAGCAAGGGGGCUUGGGAAGCGCGGUCAAAGAUGGAGUUUGAGGCUGUUGACUAUGACAGGUCAAUUAAGUCCUCAGUAACAAGGGAAUGGGCGGUUCUGUCU